CCGGGGGCGCGGCGAGGCCGAGGGGGCGGGCGCCGGGCGGAGCCGGAGCCGCAGCCGGGGCGCCUGGAGGCGGGCGGGCCGCUCUCUCCGAGCGCAGGGCGGCGGAGAGGCGGCGCGGCGGGGGUCCGGGCCGGAGCCCAGCACCGCGGCUGAGCUGGGCCGGGAGGGGCCGCGGCCCGGGCGGUCGGAGCGGCGCCGGGACCCUCCCCAGGGGCGCGGAGGCCGGGCGGGCCCGGGCCAUGCGCGCCGCUCGCUGAGGCCGAGGGAGGCCGCGAUGGAGGUGCCGGCGGGGGAGCCCCCGGCCCGGGGCUGCGGCCCCCCGCCCGCGCCCGCGCCCGCCCCCGCCCCGGAGAGGAAGAAGAGCCACCGCGCGCCGUCGCCGGCCCGGCCCAAGGACGUGGCCGGCUGGUCUCUGGCCAAGGGCCGCCGCGGCCCAGGCCCGGGCGCCGCCGCCGCCGGCAGCGCCGCGUCCUCCGCGCGGCCAGACAAGAAGGGGCGCGCAGCGGCGCCCGGGGCGCGGAGCGCGGGGACGCGGGUGGCCGGGGUCCGCUCCGGGGUGCGCGCCAAGGGCCGCCCGCGCCCCGGCACCGGGCCGCGCCCGCCGCCCCCGCCGCCCAGCCUCACCGACAGCAGCUCGGAGGUGUCGGACUGCGCGUCGGAGGAGGCGCGCCUGCUGGGCCUGGAGCUGGCGCUGAGCAGCGACGCCGAGUCGGCGGCCGGGGGCCCGGCGGGGGCUCGCCCGGGGCAGCCGCCCCAGCCCGCGCCGCCCGCGCAGCAGCCCCCGCGGCCGCCCGCCUCCCCGGAGGAGCCGUCGGUGGCCGCGUCGUCGGUGGGCAGCAGCCGCCUGCCCCUCAGCGCCUCGCUGGCCUUCUCCGACCUCACCGAGGAGAUGCUGGACUGCGGGCCCGGCGGCUUCGUGCGGGAGCUGGAGGAGCUGCGCUCGGAGAACGACUAUCUCAAGGACGAGAUCGAGGAGCUGCGGGCUGAGAUGCUGGAGAUGCGGGACGUCUACAUGGAGGAGGAUGUGUACCAGUUGCAGGAGCUGCGGCAGCAGCUAGACCAGGCCAGCAAGACAUGCCGCAUCCUGCAGUACCGGCUGCGCAAGGCUGAGCGCCGCAGCCUCCGUGCUGCGCAGACUGGCCAGGUGGAUGGGGAGCUCAUCCGUGGGCUGGAGCAGGAUGUCAAGGUCUCUAAGGACAUCUCUGUGCGGCUGCAUAAGGAGCUGGAGACAGUGGAGAAGAAACGGGCACGGCUGGAGGAGGAGAACGAGGAGCUUCGGCAGCGGCUUAUCGAGACCGAGCUGGCCAAGCAGGUGCUGCAGACGGAGUUGGAACGGCCGAGAGAGCAUUCCUUGAAGAAAAGAGGAACCCGCUCCCUGGGGAAGACAGACAAGAAGCCUUCGGUGCAGGAGGACAGUGCAGACCUGAAGUGCCAGCUGCACUUUGCAAAGGAGGAGUCAGCCCUCAUGUGCAAGAAGCUUACCAAGCUCGCCAAGGAGAAUGACAGCAUGAAAGAGGAGCUGCUCAAGUACCGCUCCCUCUACGGUGACCUGGACAGCGCUCUGUCCGCUGAGGAGCUGGCCGAUGCGCCUCACUCUCGGGAGACCGAGCUGAAGGUACAUCUGAAGCUGGUGGAGGAGGAAGCUAACCUGUUGAGCCGCCGCAUCGUGGAGCUGGAGGUAGAAAACCGAGGCCUGCGGGCAGAGAUGGACGACAUGAAGGAUCACGGCUGUGGCUGCAGAGGUGCGGAGGCUCGCCUGGCCUUCUCUACGCUGGGUGGCAGUGAGUGCGGGGAGAGCCUGGCGGAGCUGCGGCGACACUUGCAGUUUGUGGAGGAGGAGGCUGAGCUGCUCCGACGCUCCUCGGCAGAGCUGGAGGACCAGAACAAGCUGCUGCUGACCGAGCUGGCCAAGUACCGCUCAGAGCACGAGCUGGACGUGACGCUGUCGGAAGACAGCUGCUCUGUGCUCAGUGAGCCCUCGCAGGAGGAGCUGGCGGCUGCCAAGCUGCAGAUUGGGGAGCUCAGUGGUAAGGUCAAGAAGCUGCAGUAUGAGAACCGGGUGCUGCUCUCCAACCUCCAGCGCUGUGAUCUUGCCUCCUGCCAGAGCACACGGCCGAUGCUGGAGACGGACGCCGAGGCUGGGGACUCUGCCCAGUGUGUGCCCGCUGCUCUCGGCGAGGCCCACGGCCCCCACGCUGCCCGGCUCUGCAGAGCCAGGGAGGCCGAAGCGCUGCCUGGGCUGAGGGAGCAGGCCGCCCUGGUGAGCAAGGCCAUCGAUGUCCUGGUGGCCGAUGCCAACGGCUUCUCGGCUGGCCUCCGCCUGUAUCUGGACAAUGAGUGUGCUGACUUUCGGCUACAUGAGGCCCCUGACAACAGCGAGGGUCCCAGGGACACCAAGCUCAUCCAUGCCAUCCUGAUGCGGCUGAGCAUGCUCCAGCAGGAGCUCAAUGCCUUCACACGGAAGGCAGACAGCGUCCUUGGGAGCUCUGCCAAGGAGCAACCGGAGCCCUUCUCAACGCUGCCUGCCUUGGGCUCUCAGGGGCCCUCCAAGGAGAUUCUUUUGGCCAAAGACCUUGGCUCAGACUUCCAGCCGCCUGACUUCAGGGAUCUGCCGGAAUGGGAACCCAGGAUACGAGAGCCCUUCCGUGGUGGUGACUUGGACUCCAAGCCUGACCCCAGCCGGAACUUCAGGCCUUACAGAGCUGAAGACAAUGAUUCCUAUGCCUCUGAGAUCAAGGAGCUGCAGCUCGUGCUGGCAGAGGCUCAUGACAGCCUCCGGGGCCUGCAAGAGCAGCUCUCCCAGGAGCGGCAGCUACGCAAGGAGGAGGCCGACAACUUCAACCAGAAGAUGGGCCAGCUGAAGGAGGACCAGCAGAGGGCGCUCCUGAGGCGAGAGUUUGAGCUGCAGAGUCUGAGCCUCCAGCGGAGGCUGGAGCAGAAAUUCUGGAGCCAGGAGAAGAACAUGCUGGUGCAGGAGUCCCAACAGUUCAAACACAACUUCUUGCUGCUUUUCAUGAAGCUCAGGUGGUUCCUCAAGCGUUGGCGGCAGGGCAAGAUUUUGCCCAGCGAGGGGGAUGACUUCCUUGAGGUAAAUAGCAUGAAGGAGCUGUACCUGCUAAUGGAGGAAGAAGAAUUAAAUGCCCAGCAUUCAGAUAACAAGACCUGCACGGGGGACAGUUGGACCCAAAAUACGCCCAAUGAGUAUAUCAAGACACUGGCUGACAUGAAGGUGACACUGAAGGAGCUGUGUUGGCUGCUUCGGGAUGAGCGCCGUGGUCUGACUGAGCUCCAGCAGCAGUUUGCCAAGGCCAAGGCCACCUGGGAGACAGAACGGGCAGAGUUGAAGAGCCUUACUGCCCAGGUGGAGCUAAAGACUGGCAAAGGGGCUGGGGAGCGGGCAGGGCCUGACUGGAAGGCAGCCCUACAGAGGGAGCGUGAGGAGCAGCAGCACCUGCUGGCUGAGUCUUACAGCGCUGUCAUGGAGCUGACACGGCAGCUACAGAUCAGCGAGCGCAACUGGAGCCAGGAAAAGCUGCAGCUGGUGGAGAGGCUUCAGGGUGAGAAGCAGCAGGUGGAGCAGCAGGUGAAGGAGCUGCAGAACCGUCUGAGCCAGCUGCAGAAGGCCGCUGAACCCUGGAUCCUGAAGCACUCAGACCUGGAGAAACAGGACAACAGUUGGAAAGAGACACGGAAUGAGAAGAUCCUUGACAAGGAGGCAGUUUCUGAAGCUGAACUUGGGGGCACUGCUUUAAAAAGGACCAAAUCCGUUUCCUCCAUGUCUGAGUUUGAAAGUUUGCUGGACUGUUCCCCCUACCUUGCUGGUGAAGCUGCCCGGGGUAAGAAGCUGCCCAACAACCCUGCCUUUGCCUUUGUGGGCACCCAGCCAGUAGACCCUGAGAAAGAUGCCCAGGAGCAGCCCAGCCUCUCACCGCGGGACUGCAACCGCCUGGGCACCCUGGGCUGCCAGGAGCCAGCAGGGAGGCAGAUGCAGCGUAGCUACACGGCUCCCGACAAGACAGGCAUCCGCGUGUACUACAGCCCCCCAGUGGCCCGGCGCCUGGGCGUCCCUGUGGUCCAUGACCGGGAGGGCAAGAUCAUCAUCGAGCCCGGCUUCCUCUUUACCACAGCCAAACCCAAGGAGUCGACCGAGGCCGACGGGCUGGCUGAGAGCUCCUACAGCCGGUGGCUCUGCAACUUCUCACGGCAGCGCUUAGAUGCAGGCUCAGGGGGCAGCCCCUCUGCACCAGGGCCCAGCUUCCCAGCGGCCCUGCAUGACUUUGAGAUGUCGGGCAACAUGAGCGACGACAUGAAGGAGAUAACUAACUGCGUACGCCAGGCCAUGCGCUCAGGCUCACUGGAGAGGAAGGUGAAGAGCACAUCUAGCCAGACCGUGGGCCUGGCCAGUGUGGGCACGCAGACCAUCCGCACAGUCAGCGUGGGCCUGCAGACCGACCCACCCCGCAGCAGCCUCCACAGUAAGAGCUGGUCACCCCGCAGCUCCUCACUUGUGUCCGUGCGCAGCAAGCAGAUCUCCUCCUCCCUGGACAAGGUGCACUCACGUAUUGAGCGGCCCUGCUGCUCACCCAAGUAUGGCUCGCCAAAGCUCCAGAGGCGGUCUGUGUCCAAGCUGGACAGCACCAAGGACCGCAGCCUAUGGAACCUACACCAGGGCAAGCAGAAUGGCUCGGCCUGGGCCCGCUCCACCACCACGAGGGAUAGCCCCGUCCUGAGGAACAUCAACGAUGGGCUAUCCAGCCUCUUCAGUGUGGUGGAGCACUCGGGGAGCACAGAGUCUGUCUGGAAACUGGGCAUGUCUGAGGCUCGGGCCAAGCCCGAGCCUCCAAAAUACGGCAUUGUGCAGGAGUUCUUCCGCAAUGUGUGUGGACGGGCACCAAGCCCCACCUCAGCGGCAGGGGAGGAGAGCACCAAGAAGCCGGAACCCCUGUCCCCAGCCAGCUACCAUCAGCCAGAGGGUAUGGCCAGGAUCCUGAACAAGAAGGCAGCCAAGUCAGGUGGCAGUGAGGAGGCCAGACUCUCAGUGCUCCCCCAGGUGGGGAAGGAUGGUGUCCCCCGGGAUGGAGAUGGAGCAACAGCCCUUCCCAACGAGGAUGCUGUCUGUGACUGUAGCACCCAGUCUCUCACCUCCUGCUUUGCCCGGUCGUCCCGCUCUGCCAUCCGCCAUUCUCCUUCCAAAUGCAGGCUGCACCCUUCGGAGUCCAGCUGGGGUGGGGAGGAGAGGGCAGCUCCCCCCAGCGAGUGAUGGAGCAGCCGUGCUCCCCACCUCAACCAGCCCAGUCCCUGGACAGCCAAAGGGAACCAGCAGAGAGGAGACGAGGUGAGGUGCUCAGGCCCUCAGCUCAGGUCUCGCCGCGGAGGGACAGCAGCUACCACUGCCAGAGAACAGCACUCCCAUCCAGGUAAAGCGGGGUCGCCUGCUGACUGCUGGGUGGUGAGCUCUGACUUCCCAGGGGAAGGCAGCGAGUGGGAGAGAGACCACAGCUAGACUUCAGAGGUGGCUUCAGAGAGAUCCCUUGGGAGCCAGUUCGUUGGGAGAGGCUUGCCUGGUUCUACCUGCACCCACUUCUCAGAAGAGCCAAGGAAAGGAUACACUUCCAGCCGUGCUCCUCAGGGUAAAGGGCUCACAGAGAUGUUCCCUGCCAACCAUGUCCUCCAUCACAGGGAGGAAAACACCGAUGACCAGAACAGGCUUUGCUGUAGGACUCAACAUGGAGUUCCUGGUGGAGUUGAGCUGGGCAUCAUCCCCAUCCCUUCCUUCCCUUCACCACGUCCUCCUCCCAGCCCUAGUGCUCUGGAUUGCUAUGGCUCUAGGGGGUAUGAUAGAGCAGUAGCCAGGGCCAGGUAUCUGCUUGGAAUCCUGGAGCUCUGGAUCUCCCAGCCCAUAGCCUGGAUGCAGCAAGGACUGGAAGAUGGGGUAGAAAUGUGUAGGGCUCUGGAUUGGGAGGAGCCCUACCUUCCCAGGACAGAAAUAGGUAGAGUCGGUUUCAAGACCUGGUGCACAGAUAAAUGCCUAAAUGCCCACUGCCUUGAUCGCUGGGGCCUCUUUCACCGGCAUCCUGGAGGGGAGCCACAUCUCCACUGUGUUUACAUCCUGUGGCUGGUGGAGGGCAAAGAUAUUCCCAAUGAGAGACUCCCAGUUGGCCACCCCAGGCCAUGCAUGGAACACUCCAGGAGGCCAGUGCCCCAGGACAUGGCGGUGGACAGGUGGCCUGGAAACUCAUUUCUUGCAUUGGUUGUUUAUUUGAAUUUUUCUUACUAUAAAUAUUUAAGGUGGCUUUACUUUAUUUUAAUAAUUUAAUUUACCCCAAAGUCCCUAAGGUAAUUUAUUGGAGGUUGAGACAUGUAUUCUUGCCCUUGGGACAAAGUGAGGACAAAGCCUUGGACAGGCACGGGGGUCCCACACACAGACGAGGCAGCUCCGCAGCUGAGCUCGGGACUCCUGAUCAAGGUUGGAUGGCCCCCCAGUAGAGCUGGAGCCCUGCAGCUUGUUCCCCGUUAUUGCUGACCAUCUGGCCUCAGAGCACUGCUUUUCACUCACUGCCUGGUACUUGGCCAGCCCCUGGCAAUCAGUCUGUAAACCCUCACUGACAGGGUAGAGGGCUGGGCCGAUGUCCCCACUUCCCAGACAUUCUCCGUCUGCCCUCUCAUUUUGCUUCCUCCCUCUGAAACUUUUUUUUUAUGAGUCAAACACAGAUUACUGAGGCUCUCUCAAGAGCAUGGAGAUCUCUCCAAGUUCCCCAAGUGAGAACUCACAGGAAAACAGGACUGAACUUCGAGAAUGUUGUUUAUUGCAGCUUUGCACAUGGACCUGAGAGUGUCUGCCAGCAGCUCUCACCACCUGCCAGCCUUCUCAGCAGCCUCUUUCCUUAGCCUUAUGGCCUCUCCUGGCCCCUCUUCCAGACCCAGCUCCAUUGCCUGCCCUUCCCACAUCCCAUGUGACCUGCCUGAGCCAUUGGACAUACUGCAGUGUGGCUCAUUGCAGUGUGGCAGGUAAGGCCUCAGAUGGCCUCUCCCUUGGUGCCAGCGAACCCAUACCGGUUGCACACGUGCCCGCACACACGCAGAUGCGUGAACCUCCUACAACUGGCUGGGGGCCCAGAGUGGAAAUACCAAAAUGAAGCAGCUUGUCUGUGGAAUUCAGGAAGACCGAAAGCCAGCAGCUUUGUUAGUUUGCCCCCAGGACUCAGGAGACACUUCUGUACUCCCACCUGUUCUCAGUCCUGCCCAUUCAGGGUCACCUGGACAAGUUACCCAAAGUCCUUCAUCUCCACUCCCUAUGGGCAGAAUGCAAGGGUCAUGUCAGUUUGACCAGGCCUUUCAUCAUGCCAUCGUGACUUGUGUGGGCAGAGCAGGCAGGCCAACAGAGCCAUGGGCCAGUCCACCUGGGAUGCUGCUGCUCCUCCCACUCAAAAGGUCAGGAGGCCCCUCCAAGGUUAUCUCCAGGAGGGGAUUCACACGAGGCCAAAUGUCACCAGAGGCCUUUUGCCACCUCCCCAAGCUAUGGAGGGCCAGGGAGGCUGGUUUCCCAGCCUUGGGGAGAAAUCCUCAUGACACCCAAACCCCAAGGCCUCGGACCACUCAGCCUUACCAUCGUCCUCGUCCAACAUUGUCCUUGCAAUCUUCUUGUCUCAGCACCUGGCCUCCUGGCCCCAGAUGGUAUCAGAGGCUCUAGAUCUUGGUUUUCGAUAAAGUCCGAGUGUCCACUUCCUGCAUGCCACUGUGCAAUGUCACUCAUCACUGUUCCUGCAGAAGCCUCUGGAUGUGGGGCUUGAUGGGGUUGAAAAUGUUAUGUGUAAAUAUUGGUUUGGUUUGAUUUUUUAGCAUUUUAAUUAGUAACUGGUUGUGUUUUCUUUUUGGGGGUGGGGGGGUUGGUUUGUAAAAAUUCUCUACUCUUUUGGAAUGUAAUUUCUAAGUUUGUUUGUUUCUUCAAAUGCCUUUUAAGUCUUGGUAACAUUCCCAAAGCAGAAAACUGCCUGACCCACAGUGGGGAUUCCCCUGGAGCACUGGAGUCCCAGGAAGGAACACUGCCCUCUUCCCUUUCUCCCCUUCCUCCUCCUCCUCCUCCACCACUGGACUCUCAGCACCUUCUUCCUCUUCCUUCUCCCCAACGCCGUCUAUCUAUCCUUCUUGUCUCCACUGUUUCCCACCAAAGUCCCAAGGAACCUUGGGGUCCUAAUCCCUUACAGAUCACUGGGUUUGGAUCUAUUGUGUUGGCACCAGUUGGUUAGGGGAAGGAAUGGGGGGGCAGUUGCCUUGGUGGACCCUAAACUGGACGACCUCACAUUCCUUAUGUCUGACCUCCUCCCAAAGCCAAACUAGACUCUCCUGGGGGCAAUGAUGUCUGUAUUUGAAAUGAAAAUCAGACCACUUUGGCACAUCAGUGGCUCCUAGAUCUUGUAUGCACAAGGCGUCUAUAUCCAACUCCUCUCUCCCUGUUUCCAUCCCAGGCUGUUCCCCACCAAAGGCUGGGAAAUUUAAAAAUACCUCCAAGAGGUUUUGCUUUCUGUGAACUCAAAACAGGCCCCACCUCUUGGUCUUCCCAGGGACAGUCCUCUCCCAGUUGUUCUCCCAGUGGACAAAGGACCCAAAGACCUCACACUGUAACAUGCUGUCACAUGGUUCUAUCAUCCCCACCCCUAGGUGGGGAUGAAACCUUUCAUGGUUUCAUCACCAGCUUAUUCUCCACCUGCCCAUCCAACUUUCAGGCUCUUCCUCCCUCUCUCCUCCCCUCCAGAAUGUCCCCCACCUUCCAACCUGGCCAGCCCCCCCACAUCACUCAUACUAAUAAUCAUCCCCUGCACACCCCACCUACAGUACUACUAUCUAGAGAUUGCUCCCCUGUCCCCUAUCCCACAUCUGCUUCAGACCUCUGGGAGAGCUCUGGGAGGCAGUCUUGGCAGGACCGGGGUUAGGGGAGGUCAGGACACCGAGGUGUAGACUCACCCCAGAGUCUCCUGACUGGGCAAUCAUCGAGCCUAGACUAGGACCUGGGUCCAUUGGAUCCCCCAGCCCAACUCUGUCCUGCUUGCUGUGUAAACCCAUUGUCCCACUGGAGACUUUUCGGUGUGGGGCCAGGACACCCAGAAGAUACGACUACCUAACCGAGACUUGAAACCAUGCAACCAUCACUGCUAUCCAUUUCUAGAACUUUUUAAUCACCCAGGCUGAACCUCUCUGUACCCACUGAAAAAUUAAUCACCCUCUCCCCAAGUCCCUGGUAACCUCCUUUCUAUUGUCUCUAUGAAUUUGCUUCAUCAGGGUGGCUCAUAUAAGUGGAAUCGCACAAUAUCUGUCCUUUUGUGUCAAACCACCUCACCUUUUUAGAUGAAAAGCUAAGCCCAGAGAAGAGGGAGGCUUGCCCAAGGUCACAAAGCAAACAAAAGGCAGAGUCAGGACGAGAACCCUAGUUUCCUGACCCCCAGCCGAUGCUGUAUCCCCAGGGGUGAAUGAGACCCCACUCUGCCAUUCUGGGCUCUUGGUGGAGCCCCUUCUUUUCUCUGGAGUCUGUUUGCUGCCCUCCUCCCAUUCAUCCUUUCUGUUACUGUCUUCCUCCAAAGCUUCCCCUCCUCCUGCCUCCUUUUCUCUGCUGGUUCCAACAACAAACCAAGUGGCCCUAGCCUGUGGCUCAGAGAGCAUCAGCCUUGCCAGUCCUACUCACUGGGCUUGGCCUCGUCACCUCCCAGCCCAGCAGGACAUCCCCUAGGUCCACAAGGUCCAUCCUUGAGCCACAUUAUCUUCUCUGUCCCCAGUCUCAGGACCCCUUCAGUGUCCACUGUUACAUGGGGCUGAGGGUGGGGGACUAGAAUCUCCCCUUCUGGGUUCCUAUACCCUGCCCAGUCCUGCCCAGCCUUGUUAAAAAGAUGCAGCCUAGCUUGUGUUCUUCUCUCCCUAGGCCAUUUAUCCAUUAGUCUGUCCAUUUGACACCCCAUUCUCCUCUCUGCUCUUCCCUGGGCCUCACUGUCUCUGGAAUAGUUUGUCCUGUCUUUACCACUUGCCCCUCCCAACAGUGUUUGAAGUUGGUGAAGUCCACAAACCCGAGAACCAAAGGGGACAUGAUGCUGGGCCUGUAUUCCCCUGCCCAGGGCUCCUCACCACCACCUGCUACUCUUCCCUCACCCUCCUUGGAUCCUCAUUUAUCCUGUCAGGCCAGUUUCCCUCCCUUCCUGCCUUUCACCAGCCUACAGGACCCCAGGCCCUAAAGAAAGGAGCUCUUGUUUUCUUGAAGCAUUCUUGAAGUGUCGAGGCAGUCAGGGCCUGGAUGCUUUGUCACAGUCCAUUCUGAUACUACUCAAACUGCUCCUGUGAGGAAGAACCUCAGCUGGGAAUCUGGAGAUGCUGUCCAAGUCUGGGAAGAUCUCUGUUUGGCUGGUUCGAUGAGCCUCCCCCUUCUAUGACCUUAUCAUGAGCACCAGGAUGAUCCCCAGGGCCCCAGAACACCCCUUGUGUUUUGGGAUCCCACAUCACCAACUUCUCUCCACUGGACCAUGGUAUCCUGGCUCUUCUCUCUACUCUGCCUCUGAUCUCUGUGCCUUAGUUUACUUCUCUGCACAGGAGGCUCACCACAAGACUGUUCCCAGCAGCUUCCCAGGUAUUCUGGUGCCCCUAAGGUUGCGCCUUGCCAGCUGUGGCCCAGCUCCCUGUCACUGCCUCAGGACACCAAGUUGCUGAGGAUGAGGUGCCAAGAGGUUCUAAAAGUGGCUGGAGCAUCACCUGGGAGCUUGACAGAAAUGCAAAAUACUGGCCCUACUUGAGACCUGCAGAAUUAGAAAUUCUGGUGUGAGGCCCAACAAGCUGGGGGUUUAACAUGCCGUCCAGGUGAUUCUCAUAUAAUAGGACUUGGCCAACUGCUGAUCUGCACUAGCCAUCAGUGUGGCCUAGUGAGGAUCUGAAGCUGGCCCAGACCAGGAACAGGUGGAAAAUACCAGCCUCAUCUGGACGCCUGAGAGAUCAGAACUCUCUCUGCCAAACAAAUAACUAUGUCCUUUUCCUGGAAGCUGGAGGGCAGCAAGAAGGCUACAGUUUUCCUUUCCUUGCCCCAGAACUGGUUCCAGUUCUCACAAAAGGCCAUGUAGAGUUUUGUUAGCCAAGCAGUAAGUGGGAGCCCUGGGCAGGGGGUGGGGGUGGCAGAAGACAAAAACCCUGGCCAUGUAUCCCUUGGGAACCUCACCACAGGCUCAUGACCUCUCUUCAAGUAGUAAGAAACCUAACCCUCAAGGAAAGAAUCCUAAAUCCCUAGCUCCUCCUCUUCCUCCCACCUCCAGGGAGACCCAGUAGACAGUGCCAAAAAACAGCUCCAACCUCCAGCAGCUGGGGAAGAGAGCCAGAAGCUGCCCUCUCAUCCUGCCCCCCCAACCCCUGCCAAUACUGUGAAGCCCCCUCCCUGCCCAGCCUGGUUUCUUGAUGAGGGUCCUGCAGUUGUGGGCCCUAGGGGACCCCCAGGGAAAGGCCCUCAGGAAGGAAGGGACCAAGGGCAUCCUUGGGCCAAACUGUAUGCCUCUCCUGUCCACUGUUCUCUCUUCCCCACUUCUGUCUUCAAAAGGCUCCUUCCCAAGAUGGAUUGGGUGCUAGGACAACUGGUCCAAUCCACCAGCUCUCCCUGCCCCUGUGUCUUAUUUCAAACAUGAGAAUACCUGUACAGUGUAAACUUACAAAAGGUUUUUAAUGGUUGUAGAUUGGAAAUAAAGUAUGUCAUAUGAACAGUUUCCAUGGA